AUGAUUAAUCAAUCAUUUAUUAGAUUACAACAAGCACUUAUUAAUGUAACAUUAAAAUUAGCAUAUGUUUCAUUAUGUUUAGAUAAUCCAUUAAUUUCAAUUACACAUUGUAAAACUAUACUUUCACUUUCAAUUUCAUAUUCAAAUUUAAAUAUAUGUCCUGUACAAUAUACUAUAAUUGCACUUUCAUAUGCAUUUGAAGCAUUAACAAUGACAGAUCAAUCAGAAAAAGUAUUUCAAAUAGUUACACCUCAACAAUUACAAAUUCUAGUUACACAUUUACAACAAUCAUAUUCAGAAAGUGAGGGUUUAUUAUAUCAACAAAUAUUACUUUUAAAUUUAUCAAUUGUUCAUUUAAUUCAAGGAAAUUAUGAAAAAUCACAACAAACUCUUCAUCACAUUACUCAAAAUAUUCAUCAAUUACCAAAUCAAAUCAAACCUUACUUUUUAUGUGUACAAUUAUAUCUUUUAUUAAUUGAAGGUAAAUCACAACAAGCCAUUCAAUUAAUUUCUUCAAUAAAAAUUCAAUAA